AUGGCGAUCGACGGCGGCUCCCUGUCCUCCUGCAACGACGGCGAGUGGCGGCGGCCAACCAGCGCCUCCUUCCUCUCCCCUGCGCACUCCCUUCGCACACGAUCUCUCUUUCGCCUUCGUGAUACUCCUCAGGCGACGGAACGGGGAGAUGGGUGCAAGAGGGGAGUAACGGCGCUGCUAUGGGUUUCAAGUUUGGUGAACUUGCUGAAGGUGAAAGGGAAGGCAUGGUGCCAUAGUCAGUACAUGAUAAACUGCUUGAACAAACAAUUUUACACAGCAUAUACAAAAAAACUGCUUGAACAAAUAUUUCGUAUAAGAAUGGCAGAAGUAUUUGAUAUGUUAAUGGAUGUGAAUGCAAGAAAAUUUGAAUGGAACUUUCAGGUUUAUGUUGUUCAUCUUUGGGAAGUUCCAAAUAGAUUCAAUGAAAAAGAGAUCAAUGGCAUAGAGAUAGUUCUUCAAGAUGUUCAGGGUGGAAGGAUCCAAGCCUCAAUCCCUAAACCUCUACUCAAAAAAUGGAGAGGUAAGAUUGUUGAGUUCAAGAUGUAUAUCAUGACCCAUUUCAUUGUGGUCGACAAGAAGGGAAAAACCAAGACAACCAACAAUAGAUGGUCCUUAAGUUUUUCACAUAGGACCACGGUUCAGCCAGUUUCUAAACCAAGCUAUCCUCUUGAAGCAUUUAGCUUUAAGCCCAUUCCGGAGUUGCUUGCUGCUGACAAGCUGGAAGAUUCAGUUCUAAUCGAUGUCAUAGGGGAAGUGGUUGGCAAAGAGGAUCCAAGAGAACUCAUAACUAGCAAAGGAAGAGAGACUAAAAGAUUGGCUGUCAUUCUUGAGGACCUUGAAAACAAUAGUAUUGGUUGUGUGUUGUUUGGAGACAUGGUUGAUCAGAUACUUCCAUAUCUUGAAGAAGGGAGGGUUGAGCCAUUGAUAGUUAUAGCACAGUUUUUUAAACCCAGCAGGUGGAACGUGCAGAGUCAUUUUGAUGUCUCAAAGUUACGUAUUAACCCUGAUUUGGAUGAGGUCAAAGAUUUUCGUAAUAGGAGGCUUUCUGAAAAGCCGUCUAACUCGACCAGGAUAAGUCAAGUUACAUCGCAUGGUCCACGAUCUGGUGCAGACGAAAUAAAAAAUGGAGACGUCGUGGUCAAGACAAUAGAAGAAGCCCUGAGCUCUUCACAGGAAGGACCUAUAUGGAUUGCUGGUACUAUUGUUUCAAUUAAUGCGGGAAAGGAUGAUUGGUUCUAUAAAUCGUGUCGAAAGUGUCCGAAGAAAGUAGAAACUCCAAUUGGCAACAGAUAUGAGUGUGGCAAGUUUAAGGUUGAGGUAUUAGUAUAUGAUGGAACUGGGAGCAUCAUGUUGCUGAUGUGGGAUAGGGAGACGGCGCAGCUGUGUGGGAGGCAAGCUGAGCAGAUCAAGGAUGAGGAAAGUAGUGAUGGAGAAGGUUAUCCUCCUACAUUGGAUAGCAUAAUGGAUAGGCGGUUACUCUUCAAAAUAAAUGUCAAAGCAUCGAACAUGAAGCAAUAUGACCAUGUUUACACGGUGAUGAAAAUAUGUGAUGAUGAAGAUAUUGUGGAGAUGAAUCACCCCAAACCAGUACAAAACAAUGCUUCUGCUAAUCUAAUUGAGACCGGGUGCAGUGACUCGAUUGGUAUAUCAGCAGUGGUGGUUAAUAUGCAUAAUGAUACUGAAUCUAUGGUUUCUUUGGAUGGUGUCGAAGACAGUGUCACAAGCCUGAAGUCCAAAACACCUGCAAAAAGAGUUCCCAUGGGGCUAAAGCAGUCCGUGCAUGUUAAUAUUGACACUGAAGAUGAGUUUGGUUUUUCAACAAACAAAUUUAGCCGAAAAACGGGAAAGAGGCAGAGGAUUCAAAUAAAUGAGAGUGAUAACUGA